AUGAACAAGCCAGCCCCAUGUUUGUAUAUCAAUGCUGGCUAUGUUACGAGUUACGGGACAAGAGGACAGUGCCAUGAAUGCAAAUUGGCGAGUGACAGGACAGCUUUGAUAUUAGAAUCGAGAUACUGCGCAGUGUGUGCGCCAAGAAAACUUCCUGCGAAUACAACGGCGAAAUACGAGCCAAGCGAUGGGAAAUUCAAGUGUCCGGCGAAAAAUUGCAACGAGGAUCAGCUUUCCUUCGAGCAAUUCGUCAUUGGAACUUGCUGCGAAAAAGCAAGCAAUCCGGAAAGGAAUCGUAAAUCUACUACUAGGCUUAUGUGGACCGUCAACCGAAUUUAUGAAAAAGCAAAAGACGAGGAAUUUUCCGCAAAUAAGAGGGCCGAAACAUCAAAGAAGAAGGUCGAGGAGGCGAAGAAAUCACUUGCAGAAGCCGAACAAGAAGAGAAGGAUGCCGAUGAAAAUCUCGAAGCGAAGAAAGAAUGGCGAAAGAAAGUUCAAAAACGUCGAUUAUUCGUCACGCUCGAUGAAGCGAAAGAAGACAACCCUGAACUCGAUGACACCAUCCUCAUUAAGCAGUCGAAGAUGGAUGACAAACUCAAAUGCAGCGUCUGCUUUGAUCUUUAUGAUGACAAUCGACCCCAAGUUGUCCUUAUCACGUGCUUCCAUCACUUUUGCGAAGCAUGCAUCAAUGCUCUCCAGCCGAAGAACUGCCCGAAAUGCCGAACUCGCUUCACUCCUGCCAAAGUCAAGAAGAUCUUCGAUUGA